CACACACACACACAGGACUUAAAUGGGGGAAAGAGUUUUAUCUGAAGUGGCUCGUCACUAAGCUAUCCUCAUUGAGACGCAUAAGGAGACAUGAAUAUUGCCAUGCGUUUGAGUUAGAGGGACGUCGUUAGCCACAUUUGACAGUCCGCUCUGCUAAGUUGUAUUGACUUUCCGUAAUGGGAACAAGAAGGGAAUUUUCAACAAUGAACGACAGCUAUGGCGAGGGAUGAAGCAUGAUGGAUUGUUAAAAAGGAUCCGAUGGACCGAUCCUUGUCCCGCAGUUAUUGACUGAAGUGUUUUUGGCAAGCUGUCAAAAAUCUACAAAAAGAAGAAGAGUCAAAGCAAUAAAAAUAUAUUAAUUAUUCGUGUGAACUUCCGAGGUGGUUUAAUGAGGCCGUUGUCAUUUAAGGUGUUGUGUUCACUAGGGUUCGUCUAGAAAGUGAAGAAUUAUUCUUGUGCCGUUGAAUAGGACUUUUCCUGGGCAUCAAUGCAUUGGUCACACUGAAGAUCCAUGGCAAAGUGGUUCAAAGAUUACCUGAGUUUUGGCAGCAGGAAAGGACCCCCGCAGCCACCUAAGCCCGACUACACAGAGAGUGAGAUCCUUAGAGCGUACCGAGCCCAGAAGGAGUUAGACUUCGAGGAUCCGUAUGAAACCUCUGACAACCGGCUACAAAAUGGCUCGAAUGUAGUGGACCCAUUUCCAUCAUUCGGCACAGUCCUGUCAAACGGAGUUGAGGUCAAGAUUGUCUCUCCGAAACACAGACUGAUAAAAGUGGAAUCUCAGGAAUUUGGUCGCUGCAAAAUCCCUUUAAGUAUUGUUUCUUUUGAAGAGCCACAUGCACCGGUGAUUCCCUCUGCUCCAGCAGUGGGAGAUACAGAUUACUCAGACCCAUUUGACGCCCGCACGGACCCCCGACCCAGGCCCGGCUGGGAGCUGGACUCAGCCGAGAACUGCAGCAGCUACAUGGAGCCUUUUGAAGCACAGAGAGUCAUAACUGAACUGCAGCAUAACACAGAGAGGCCAGAGUCCCGAGGCAGUCCUCAGCUGUAUGACAGUCCAUAUGAAGAGAGAAGUCGACGCAGACCUGCUCCAGCAGAGGAUGAGAGAGAGAGUCGACUACCACAGGAUGACGAACGGCCAGCAGACGAGUAUGAUCAGCCUUGGGAAUGGAAAAAAGAUAACAUCUCCAAAGCUUUUGCUGUUCAGUUCGACGGGGCAGACUGGGAGCGUCCGCUACCCCAGGGGGAACAAAAGUCCGCCCUUCACACCAGCCCGACGGCAAGCAGGGCUGUCAGCCUCCGAAAAUCCCCCGGGAAUCACGGAAUUCUAGGAGAGAGGGUAGACCCCACACUCCCACUGGAGAAACAGGUGUGGUACCAUGGAGCCCUGACCCGCUCUGAGGCAGAGACUCUGCUCACUCUGUGUAAGGAGUGCAGUUAUCUAGUGAGGAACAGCCAGACAAGCCGCAACGACUAUUCUCUCUCACUCAGGAGCUGCCAUGGCUUCAUGCACAUGAAGUUCUCUCAGUCUCGGGACGGGAAAUACAUCCUGGGAGAGAACAGCCCCCCCUUUGACACCAUCCCAGAGGUCAUCCACCACUACACCACGCACAAGCUGCCCAUCCGCGGAGCUGAACACCUGUCCCUGCUCUUCCCCGUGCUGGUGCAGACACUCUGAGACCAAGCGGCCCAUAUGGACUCACCCACUCAGGGCCAGACCCAAUCGAAUACACUGUGGCGAUUCCUUUUCAAUGAAAUCUUCCCUCAGAAUGAAUGUGUGAUUUGCAGAUACAGCUGAAGCAAGCAAGAAGUGACAAACUGACAUGCCAGUUUGGAUUUUUUUUUUCCCCCCAUAGUUCAUAGUUUUGAUGAUUCGAGGGUUGAUGAAGCAGAAGCGUCACGAUAUUUAGCUAGGGAUAUCUCUGAAUACUGCUGUCUGUGGUGUGGUAGAAUAUCCUCUCAUCCUCCACUUGGCUCAACAGGAAUCCUAACAGGCUUCACUGAACUGGGCAUACGGGUGACUGCAAUACUUAAUGUGCACUCUCAUUCUCAAAGUAUCUGUUUAGGCAGAGUGUCCUGUUUUAGCCAAAUAUACACCACUAUAGAAUAGAUUAAUGAGGACAAAGGAAGGAUGGCCCAUAGACCCAUACUGCACUCUUUUGUCUGGGCCACAUAACAAAAAGCUUUUGGCAGUAUUAGUAACUUUUUAAUGAGUUACGUUGUCAUGAAUAUUUUAUCCCACUUGUAUCUUCAGGAUAUGAUUGUUUUAUAAAUAGCUUGGAAAAAACAUAUGUAGUCCAAAAUAAAUGAUGAAUUAGAUGGAGGUUAGAAGAAGCUGCUUUUGGUGGUGUGAACGUAAGCAGGCGGUCUUGAUUAACAGGGCAGAAUUAGUACACAGUGACACUAAAUAUAACAUUUAAAACUUGAGGCAAUAAGAAGAAUAUCUGUGAAGGUAAACUCAAGGUGGCUUUCAUAAAGCUGCAUAUAUUUAACACUGUCAUAAACCAAUCAGGAUGUACUGUGACCACAAUGCCCACUCAAGCUACACUCAGCAUCACGUCAGAAAUAAUGAAUGCUGAAAUUCUUCAGUAGUUUCUCUCCCUUCUUAACUGAUGACCUACUGCCAAAAAUGAAGAUUAUAGAGGGCUAUUUUGUAUCUUGUUAGAUGUUUUACAGCACGUUUGUUUGUGGACCAGGGCACGACUACUAAAGUGUUUAAAAGUAGAAGUGUAUCCUAAUUAAAUGAUAAUUCAUCAGUAGUUUGGCGUCUGAUAAAACACUUACAGUCAUGUUCUAACUUGAGGUUUGUGUAGAGCUGACAUGCUUACACCUUUAACACUAACAGAGCAGUUACUAAUACAUGGAAGAAUGCCAGAAAACCAGGGCGUGGCCUGUAGCUCUCGCCUCAGAGAGCACUGAAAUCAGUCACUUAAUCAAGACAGUGUGUUUAUAUGGGGAGAGCCACCUUAGGUGUGUUUCUGUUGAACUGUUGUGUAAAAUCUUGCUUUUCUUGGAACACGCCCCCUACAUAUACUUCAAUAAAAGAAUAGCUGUGAUUGAGAUAUUAAUGUACACAAUGAAAAUACUGCAGUUCUAACUGAUGUAACACCUAGAUUAUGCGUUCUCUGAAUAUUUCAAUCGCCUUUUUUUUCCCCCUCACAAAGCAGAAUUUAAUGCAGGGUGUACCUUACUGUAUCUGGAAUGUUAUGAUGGUAAACUGUGCUGAUGUAAGGUGGGAUGCUGACCAGGUUUUAAUCAGGGUUUUCUGUUGGUUGUAUCUGUCUAGGCAUGGCAUCUGUAGAGCUGCAGCACUGUCGCUGUGGAAACUGUAGCAUAUUGAAGGCAUAUUGCAUUAAUAGAGUAGUUAUUGCAGAGCUGAACACUAAAGACACAGUAGUUGUCAAUGUUUGUAAUAACUUUCAUUUUACUGCUGUUUUAUUAUUGUUCUCCUUACUUUUUAUGUUUUUAAGAUUCUAAUCUGUUUUCAAUAAAAUAGGGAUUUUUUUU